AUGGGUUCCAAAUUGCAAGAGUACAAAGACACUGUAGAGCGUAGCCUAAACGACAAAAGCAAACCUUGGACAAAGUAUUUUGACUUAGCAGAACAAAGGACGGGCGUAAAUAGAGUCUAUCUAUUCGUUGGCUUGGUGGCGUUCACCGGUUUAUAUUUAGUAUUCGGGUUCGGAGCUGAAUUGAUAUGCAAUUCCAUUGGUUUCGUUUACCCCGCCUACAUGUCAAUGAAAGCAUUAGAGUCGCCACAAAAAGAUGACGAUACAAAGUGGCUUACCUACUGGGUUGUCUUCGCUUGCUUCUCAAUAGUGGAAUACUUUUCAGACUUCAUUGUUGGAUGGUUCCCGCUUUACUGGUUGAUCAAGUGUAUCUUCAUAAUCUGGUGCUACCUCCCAACAGACUACAAUGGCUCAUUGAUAAUCUACAACCGCAUCAUUCGCCCCUACUACCACAAGCACCACGCCAGAAUUGAUGAUCUGGCUGCGUCAGAUCCUUUACAUCAGCUUUUUAAGGAAGUAAAUAAGGAUAUUAAUAAAACUGUUAAGUCGAUUAACAAAACACUGAAGAAUACAUUUCAGCAUAAAGAUGAGUAA